AUGGGCGACGUGGUGGCUGUAAUUCUUCGAAUACUCACAAAAUACGCUCCAGCGCUGAUUCUCAGCAAUCACACCGUGGUAGUUCAAGCUGAUAGGGACAUCAUUCCCUUAGCUACCCUUACCAAUGCCGUCGAAUGGUACACGGGCUACGUCGUCAUCCUUUCGGCACUCACAUUUGGUUUCGACAGAGCAGUGAUGGUGACUUCGUUACGUUCUUAUUCGUGGUUCUGCAAUGGUGUAUUCAAAGCAUGUGUGGUUGUUCUCACAUGGGUAGUACCAGUGGUUUGGGUGCUACCAAUGUUCGAUUCCUGUUGCCGAUCUCAUUAUUACAAAGAAAGCCUGGAGCUAGCGGGAUCAACGUACGACGCCAUCGACAUGAUAUUUGAGACAUUGUUCUAUGUGCCGGUUUUAUGUAUGCUCAAUGGCUUCUCUAUCAUCGUAUUGUACAAUCGGUGGAAAACAUUGCACAAGAAACGUCUAGCAGUAAUACUUGGGGUUCCUCCAAGUAAGCCAUCUGUCCUUGUCGAAUAG